UAAGCGACUCGGAAAAGUGAAAAAUCGAAACUCUUGUCCAGACGUCUCCUUGUUAAACCAGUCCGUGUCCACCAGGUUUACACUGAAAAGUCGGCUUAACAACCUGAGCCUUUUAGGACAAGAAACUGAAAAUAUGGCAGAAGGAAAUCCAAAGGAGCCUGGAAAUGUUGCCAAUGGAGAAGAUUCUGCAGAGGGCGGAAAAGAGGGCGCCAGUGAGAAUGGUGCUGCCUCAGGUGACCAGCAACAAUUCCGUGCUCAGAGCUUAGGUCUCCGCAUCCAGAAGAAAUGGGCAGGAAAACUUGCCAAGAAAGAUGUGGCUAAGAUCUUCAUUGAUGACCAGACGGGCCAUCUUUUAGAUGUGCUUUUCUCCAUUGCCAAGGAUUACAGUGGAAGCAAGGGACAGGCCGAAAAACUAGUGAAACAUAUGAUCAAAAUGCCUAUUAAAAUAGGAAUUCUUUAUCGCCACAAUCAGUUCAAUUCUGAUGAGUUAUCCCAGGCAGAGAAUUUCCGAGAGAAAUUCCACGUGGCCGCUCGGACUUUUGUGAAAAUGUAUGAAGGGAAGAUGACCUUUGAUGCACAAGUUUUGGCAAACAACCUACGUGAAUGUCGGGAUAUUCUCAAGCUUGUUAUCAACAACCACCUUACUCCCAAAUCCCACGACAGACUUGACCAUGUUGUCGCUUUCUUCGGGGAUCCAGAAUUCCUAACAGCUGUUUUCCAGAAAGAUGGGCCAUAUCGCCAGCGUUUAGGGGAGAUUGUCACAGAAUGUCACCAGCUCAUGGAUCAAGGGAUUUUGUAGGCUGAGAGUUUAACAGAAAAUAUGCCAUAAAUGACUGUUAACUUUCAAAUUACCUUGACUGCUUAUGUGAUUCCUACUGUAAGUCCACUUCAAGACUCUCCAUUCCGUGUUUUCCAUUGGAACCAUGCCAUAGUACGGUAAUGACUUGAUAUUUUCAAUGUAGAAAAUAACCAGUCUUUCAUAGACAUAAUUUUGUAACCAUUAAAAAUUGUAUUUCUAUAUAGCAUAUGUGUUGCGCAUACUGUAUACCAUAGAAAUAUAGGG